CAAACAUGUAACUUCUGCUCUGUUCCUGCGAUGGAAGACUUGCUUGGGAAGCUCGUGCAACACAGCGUAAACUACGCGAUCCGUUCGGGUAUCGCUCUCACCACUGGAUAUGCCAUUACAGCUGCAUCCCGGCUGCUCAAGUCGGUUAAAGGCACCGAUAGAGAUGAGAUCGCGGAUCUACAGGCCCGACUGAGAAGCAAGAUCAACAUUAUCUCUCCGCCUAUCGAUAUGAUCGAGUUGAUCGCCGCUCGAGGAAACACCACCCUGGAUUCUGCCUUGACGUUAACCAAACAAUUACGCAUGGACAUCCAGGAGCUAGGUUUACGUCUUAACGAAGCCGCCGCUGACGAGGAGAGGAUUCGCCGCAAAAGUCCAAAUGCGAAGUCCUUGGAGCAGAUGUCUUCAGAGCUCAAGAGCAUUAUUGCUGACAUGAAGCGACUAUUGACACGUAUCGAAGACGCUGUUCCAUUGUUGAUGCUGGCCAUAACAACAAGUGGCGCGAGUUUGUCCACCUCACUACCACAUUCAGUCUCGCCCUCACGUCUACUCCAGGCAAGCACGUUUCUAUCCGCCGGUGACGCGAACUACGUGGCGACAUGCAGUAAUGCCGUUCAGAUCGGACCCGCUUUUGUACUGUCUGUGUACAUGCUAUUUGCUGCUCAUGCGCUCCGGCCACAUGACGUGGAAGGCGUCACCGAAACUACCUGGAAGGAAGUAAUUCGCAAGGCACAUGUGAAGCUGUACCGCGUUCCCUUGGAAAGGAUCUAUGAAUUUCCAUCGGCAUCAAAUCAAAGCGACAGUCCAGAGUCUCUCCAUAACUUUCCAUCUCAGAACCGCUCGCAAGAGUUUGCAUAUCAGUUAGUGAUCAUUGAAGAUCUCGACGAUGACCGUUUCCACGAGGAACAGGGAGAGGAGUUCGAGGACGUACGUCGAGCUGGGAUUCGAGAGGUCAUUCCAGUUCAUGAAGUGUCCAAGAUCUUCUACGCAGAUACAGGCAAGAUUUUGAAGAUCGGAUCGAUGGGUGAGCCGAACAGUCCGGUCCUUCUCAUCAAGCGAGACACAAAUGCUGUGCCGCCGAGACGAAUGAUGAGUGGUGAUGAAGAAGGGGAAGAGGAUUCCGACGAUUUCACCGACGAUGCUGGAAAUUAUUCACAUAUGAAAGAGAAAUUUCCCGAAAACACAGCAAAUCGACAAUCCAAGAAUGGCUUUCCACCCGACCUUGAUCCAGAAUGGCUCGCACUUGAGGUUUAUACCGAGGCUUCGGAAUCCGACAGCGACGAUGAAUCAGCGUCCGAGGAGAUCAGCUCGUCCCCCCCAGCCGCUGCACGGAAUAAUACCACGGAUUUUCUGUCAAGCACUUUAGCAGGCCUGAGAAUCAGAGGCUCAUCUGCGAACCCACCCUCCUCUCCACCUCUUCCGGCCAAAUCCUGCACUGAACUACAAUCUAGCCAGAUUUCACAACCAACAAUAUCAGAAAAUUCAGCUGUCCACGGCUUCUUUCCAAUGUCAGGAUUUCCUGCCUUGCGGGGUUCCUUGUCUCUUCUAGAGCUUCUUCUUCGCUUAACAGCCCUUCAGCAGUUCCAACAGACAUCCCAUCUGAGCAUCAGUGACGAAUUUCUCAAUUUCUUCUUGUCUGGGUCCUCAUCCACGGGCGCUGGAGCCGAUAGCGAUUACCGCAAGCGCAUGCGCCGGGAAGCUCGUCUGCGUGUGGGAUUUGAUCCUUAUGAUGAGAGCCCAAUCAAACCACGGGGAGAAGAUUACAUUCAGCACAAGGGCCAUACACUCCAUGAUGACGACGGGGAUUGGCGCCAGUGGCAGGAUGAUCCAAGAAGCUCACCAGGUCUGCGAUCUCCGCCAUGCGGCGAAACCCCUUCGCCGAGUUUACGGCGACAUAUGCAACAUCACCUUGCGUUGCAGGGGGGAAGAACCAGGAGCCAGCAGUUGAGACAUGGGCUUGAACAUGCGCGAAGUCCUCUCGGCCGCAGCGAAAGCGACUCCACGCUAGGUACGAGCCCCAGAAGUCCCGCUUUGGACGAUCACUUGAAACGGUAGAUAUCUAUAACAGCUGAUCCCCCAGAGGCGGAGAAGAAGUGAGUGCAUUAUUUGGCGUUGCUUGGACGAAUGACAGCAAGAUACCCAAAAAUGUAGAUUUUCGCAGUCCAUGAAAAAUUUGCCUAUACAACCUUUGCGGUCGCCAUAAACGACCCUUCUUUUGAAAGUCGUCUGUACGCAGAAAUCACGAUGAUUUUAACUCUAGAAGGCAUUCCUCAUGUAUCUACGCUUGUUCUCAAGGGGAGCGCUAUCAUUGACUAUCAAGAACCUGGUUGUCAGGGUCGAUCAAUAUGUUAGAGACCUGAUAAGACAAUUCCAUUUUUACUGUGGAAUCUAUACUGAACAAGAGGAGAGGCUAUACGCCUUUCGCGGUGGCGCAUUUACUCCAGUUGUAGUGGGUUAAAUGACGUUAGUUCUAUGUAAAAGAUCGUCGAGAGGAGCG